GGCUCGCCCCUCCCUUUUUGACAAGAUGGCGGCGCCCAGCUGUAAUGCUCUGGGCCUUUGGGUGAGGGGUUCCGGGCAGUGUUUAGGGAGUCGUUUCAUUCUCGCCUGCCAGCCAUUUUGUUCCUCCGCUGCUGCGUCUGGGACUCUGAAUGCCCAGAAGUUAGCGGAGAAACUCCGAUCCCAGAAACAGGAACAAAAGACGAAGACGCAACCGGUGCCCACAAACCCUGUUCAGCGGAGAGUGCAGGAACUCGUGCGGUUCACACAGCAGCUGCAGCGAGUCCACCCCAACGUGCUUGCCAAGGCACUGAGCCGAGGGAUUGUGCACCAAGACAAGGAUCUCGUGGUCAUCAAUAAACCCUACGGUCUCCCCGUGCAUGGUGGCCCUGGGGUCCAGCUCUGCAUCAGCGAUGUAUUGCCUAUCCUGGCAAAAAUGCUUCGUGGCCACAAGGCAGAGCCAUUGCAUCUGUGCCACCGGCUGGACAAGGAAACCACAGGUGUAAUGGUGUUGGCAUGGGAGAAGGAAAUGGCACAUCAAGUUCAAGAGUUGUUUAGAACCCGUCAGGUGGUAAAGAAGUACUGGGCCAUCGCUGUGCGUGUCCCGGUGCCCUCAGCAGGAGUUGUGGAUAUCCCCAUCGUUGAGAAGGAGGUGCAAGGCCCGCAGCAGCACUACAAGAUGACGCUGUCCCCAGGCUACCGCAUGGACAAUGGGAAGAUGGUGAGAGCACGAACGAGCCGCAACGCGCAUGUAGCUGUGACUCAAUACCAGGUGCUAAGCAGCACUCUGUCCUCCGCCCUCUUAGAGCUCCAGCCAAUUACCGGCAUAAAACAUCAGCUUCGAGUUCACCUGUCUUUUGGAUUGGAUUGCCCAAUCCUUGGUGAUCACAAGUACUCAGACUGGAAUAAGCUGGCCCCCCAGAAGCUGUCUGUCGGUACCCUGAAGAAGCUGGGGCUGAAACAGGCGAAGGCCCGCCACAUCCCCCUUCACCUGCAUGCCCGCCAGCUGGUCCUGCCAGCCCUGGGGUCCAGGAAGGAGGAACUCAACUUGGUCUGCAAGCCUCCUCGCUACUUUCUGUGCUCCCUGAGACGUCUGGACUUACGGAUGCCAAGUCAGGAUCAAAGUGGGGACGAUGAAGCUGGACGUCUAAGAGCACAGUGAAGACCCUUGGGCAGUUUGGCCCCUGAAUUCUUCACUGUUUAGUGGACUCUGCUAGCUUCUCGUCGGAGACAGACUCCAGAAGGGUCAGGUGCUAUAAGUGGAAGAAACCCAGCUGCUUCUGGGCUUUUACUGGACACUGAAUAUUUACCAAUGCUCUGGCCAUUCUCUGGAAGAGCUUGCGGGAAGUCUCCCUGCCAAGAUAGAAGAGAGCCCGGGACCGGGCCGAUUGGGUCAAUGAUCGGAAAAGGAGAACUACGGCACGGAAUCUGUGCUCAGAAACUGGUUACGUCCAACAAUAAAGUUCUUGAUCUAUCGGGAAGGUUCCUGUGUUUGGAAAGAGCAUAUAAUGGUUCUCUAACUGAUAGAUUCAGAAGCAGUGAGUUACUGUCCUCAUGGACAAAUGGAGCAGAACCUUUCUGCUCCAUUUGCUUAGUCUUGCAUUUUGUAGGCCCGUGUCCUAGAAUGCAGGGCGCUCUGCUGCUGGAGCCCAGGAGCUUUGCUGCAGGAGUGACUGGAGCCUGCGAAGGGGUGUUUGAUAAGCAAGAAAAGCAGAUGUAAAUGGCAGGCGAGGUGUGAGGCCCCGGUGGGGAGCACACGCACCAUCCAGAGAGGGCAAGUGUUAGCUCCAGCUGGGUGUUGCAAUGUGGAAACAGAUUUUCUAAUUUUUUCCAAGAAACCCGAUACACUUGACCCUUGAACAGCAUUGAGGGGUUUGGGGGCACCGGCCUCCCCCCUGCUCUGCUGCACAGUAAAAAAUUCACGCAUAACUUUUGAUUCCCCAAAAACUUUACUGAUAGCCUACAGUGGACCAGAAGCCUCACUGGUAACAGUGGAUUAACACAUAUUUUGCAUGUUGUAUGUAUUCUAUACUGUAUUCUUUACAAUAAAGAGAGAAAAAAAUGUUA